UUUGACAGAUGUUUUUUCCAUUAUCGUUUUUAUCUUUGAUUGCGUAAUGUGCACGAGUAGUUUGGCGGCAUUUAAAGCCUAAAUAUUCAUUUUCAAUUUGCAGGAGCAGAGGGCAAAGAAAUGCCGAUGAAGGCGUUGGAAGCAACAUUGUCGACAUUUGAUGGCGUGUUUCAGCAAUUUACGGCUGAAGCCGCCAAUAACAAGGCGAAUUUUAUCCUUUUCUUGGCUGACAACGAACCGUCCACCAAUCUUAGUUGGUGCCCUGAUUGUGUUAGAGCUGAACCAGUGAUAUACAAGAAGCUAGAAGCGGCUUCAGGUAAUGUGGCAUUGUUGAAGGCCUACGUUGGAGAUAGGCCUACAUGGAGGAACCCUCAGCACCCGUGGAGGGUCGACCCUAGGUUCAAGCUUACGGGAGUUCCUACACUGAUCCGAUGGGAAAAUGGCUCAGUAAAGGCCCGUCUCGAAGAUCAUGAGGCCCAUCUCGAGAGAAAGAUCGACACCCUUGUAUCUGAGGAUUAGAUAGUCUUGCUUUAUUAUGGCUGAGCAAAAGUUGUGUUGCCUAGUAGUAAUAAAUAACCUAACCUCCACUGGUUAUAGUCAAGAACUCUCAUCUGCCAUAUAUCUAUCUAUAGUUGGCUCUUUCAGAUUUACAGAUUACUUUGUGCAAUUGUGCUUUCAUGAAUGAUAAUAUGACAUUGCAUACCAAA